UAUAUAUAUAUCCACAAAGAGUCUUUCCUCUCUAUCUCUCUCCUCCUCCCUCCAUCUCCCAGCUAAAAUCCCCAGAAAAAGGAAGGAAGAAGGGGACACUCGGAGAAAGGGUUCUCUCUAUUCUUAUGAUCCUGAAGCGUGAAGCCAAGAUAGAACAACAGAGAGCAAACUCAAAACUUGUGUUGUGUCUUGAUGGGGAACUGUUGUCCUGGCGGAUCUUCUAGUGUUCGGCACGAACAGAGCCCUGUCUCCACCAAGCCCCUCCCGGUGGUGAAAAAUAUUCAAGAUCCUGUAAAAAAAGUCCUUCCGCCGCCGUUGGUGGCUAUGCCGCCGGCUAGGGGUUUGAAACCAAAGUUUCCGGCGGCGGCGGUACCAGGACGCACAACGAGACCCGUCGAUACCCCACCUCGUGAAAAGUAUCAGGAGAAGACAAGAUCUGUAGAAUGUCCACCGUUAAAGCGGGUGGAGAAACUAGGUGUUGGAAGAAAGGCAGUGCCGCCGAGCGGGAAGAUAGGGACGCCGAGUCUAAAGAUGUUUUCAUUAUUGGAUCUUAAGACGGCGACAAAGAAUUUCCGACCGGAGUCGAUGAUCGGAGAAGGUGGGUUCGGACAGGUGUUCAAAGGAUGGUUGGAAGAAAAGACCUUAGCUCCGUCGAGGGCCGGCGUUGGAAUACCAGUAGCUGUAAAGAAAUCAAACCCUGAUAGUGCUCAAGGCUUGCAUGAAUGGCAGUGCGAAGUGAGAUUUUUAGGGAAGUUUCAUCAUCCAAAUCUGGUCAAGCUAUUGGGUUAUUGCUGGGAAGAGAAUCAGUUCCUCUUGGUGUACGAGUAUUUGCCUAAAGGAAGCCUUGAAAAUCACCUCUUCUCAAAAGGAGAGGCGUUAACAUGGGAUACACGUUUGAAAAUUGCCAUUGAAGCAGCUCAAGGACUUACUUUUUUACAUAACUCCGAAAAGAGUGUUAUUUACAGAGACUUCAAGGCUUCAAACAUUCUUCUUGAUUCCAACUUCCACGCCAAGCUUUCUGACUUCGGUCUAGCCAAAAAUGGCCCGAUUAAUGGAUUCUCCCACGUGACCACACGUGUCAUGGGCACACAAGGUUACGCAGCUCCCGAAUACAUGGCUACAGGUCAUUUAUACGUGCGGAGUGAUGUUUACGGGUUUGGAGUGGUCCUCCUAGAGCUAUUAACUGGUCUAAGAGCAUUAGACCCAACCCGACCAUCUGCGCAACAGAACCUUGUCGAAUGGGCUAAACCGGUUCUGACCCAGAAAAAGAAAAUCCAGAAAAUGAUGGACCCACGGCUCGAGCACAAGUAUCCAAUUAUGGCAGUGACCAGAACCGCUGCACUAAUUCUACAGUGUCUCGAGACUGACCCGAAGAACCGACCGCCCAUGGACGAUGUACUUAGAGAACUGGAAAUCGUGAGGACUAUCAGAGUCGAACCAAAAGUAGAGAGGCGUAAACGUAGCGGUGGUGAUUCAGAUCAUAAUAACCGUGUUAAUGGAUAUGGUUCACCGCACGUCCGUAGAACUGGCCGCACCGGAUAGUCAAAGAGAGUGGCUAUGGAUAGGAGUCAUACUCGCAAAGCUUUAUUUUUUAACAAUAAAACGAUUCUUUUUUUCUGUAGUGUUUUGUUUACAUUUUCAAAAUUAUUUAAAUAUAAUAUGGAGAAAAAGAAAGAAAGAAAACUUAUUGAAACAUAUUCUGUACAAUAUGACAGUUCUAGUUUUCUCAGGCAAAAAAAAAAACAUUUUUGUAAAUACAAACUAUAUGUGAUAUCUUUGUCUCUUCUCCUUAAA